AAACAACUAUAAAGGUCUAGAACCAUUGCUUUUUUUUUUUCUGCUUUAAUUCCUAGUCUCCAAGUGUCUACUUAUGCAGUAAUGAAAUUUUAAUUUGUGGAUCUGUCCUCAGUUCCACAGAAUUGAUUGUGGUUCUCAUCUGCUUAAGGGUGGAAAGAUUUUCUUAGGCAGCAACAACCUCUAUUGAGAAGGCAAAGAAACAGCGCCCAAGAUGCUAUUUUCAGUGACCCUUUUCUCCCUUUCUUUUUCUCUCCUGUAGCUGAACACAAGAAGCUCUCACAAUCUUUCAGAAAUAAACUGAGAGGCUGAAGAUAAAGGUCUGUUCAUCCCACGCAAGAGUUCCCUAAGGUGUCCAGGCAAUGUUUCUGCCUUCCCCUUAGGUAAUCUUUUUGUGAGAUUCCAGAAUCUGCCCCCUUUAUGUAGACGCAUGUAUGUGCACCUACUGAACCUAAGAUGUGUAGUGUACAGAUACACACAACUUUUGUUACACAGUUUUUUCCAGCUUUGAAAUACUUUCGUGGGGCAGGUGGCACAGUUGAGGGCUUCAAAUCACAGUUUCUGGCGUUCCCACCACUUCCCCUAAUCGACUCUCUACAAAUAAUCACACGGGGUGGGGGCGGGGCGGCUCCUUAAAUACAUUUUCUUCCUGUUCUUCUAAGGCCAUUUCCUAACCCUAAAUUAACUGGAAUGCAGCAAUGUCUGAUUUAGUAUUAAUUUUUUUAUUAGAUUGAGACAGAGUCUUACUCUGUUGUCCAGGCGUCAGUCUAGCUCACAGCAAACUCAAACUCGUAGGUUCAAGCGAUCCUCCUGUCUCAACUUCCCAAAUAGCUGGGACUACAGGCACCCGCCAGGACCCAGGCUAUUUUUUUCUAUUUUUAGUGGAGACAGGUCUCCCUCUUGUUCAGGUUGGUCUCAAACUCCUGAGCUCAAGGGAUCCUCCUGCCUUGGCCUUCCAGAUUGCUAGGAUUAUAGCCAUAAGCCACCGAGGUUGGCCUAUUGGACUAUUUUUAAAAGUAGUUUUUAGGCUCAGCAAAAUUGAGCUGACGGUACAGAGAUUUGUCAUAUUCCCCUAUUCUCAGGCGUGCAUAGCCUCCCCCAUUAUCAACACCCUCCACCAGAGCGGUACAUUUUUUAAAAUCUCAACCUGCUUUGACACAUCAUUAUUACCCAAAGUUCAUAGCUUACAUGGGGGCUCACUUUUGGUGGUGUACGUUCUUUGUAGCUUAGACAAAUGUAUAGUGACAUGAUACCUUACCAUGUCACACAGAGUAGUUUCAGUGCCCUAAAAAUGCUCUGUGCUCCAGCGAGGCUAGAUUUUAUAAAGGUGAAAAGAGAAAAAAAAAGGUAUGCAUUGCAGAGACUCCACCCAGCUCCAAGCCAAGUUUGUUGCAAAGGUCAGCAGCUCCCAGCUGUCCCAUCUCUCCAAGUCCCGCUCAGGGCAGGUUCCUGCUCCUUUUGUUUAAAGUGUCCAGCAAAUGGGUUCCCGGUAGACACGAAUAUUGUGAAAGGGCAGGAAGAGGCCGGCCUCCUACCUCUUCCCCUCACUUCCUAACCCGUGAAUUAAUUUUGCACAGGUUUGUUUUGGUGGAGCGGUACCUCCAGCGCGUGCGGCUGUGGGCGGCCUCCCCGGCCGGUAACCCCGCCCCCGGGAGGCGAGGCCGGGCCGAACCCGUCGGACGCCGGUGGAACCCGGCGGGGCGGGGAAGGGAAGAGGAAGGGGGAAGAGCGGGCGAGGGAACGCCGAGGGAGAGCGAGGCCGCGGGCGCGGCGCGAGGAGGCGGGGACCCCGGCUCGGCCCGCGCCGGCCGCUCCCCCGCGGCUGCAGGUGGAGUUCGCAGGGGUGGCCGUUUCUGCCCGGCGCCGCCGCCGCAGCCGCCUCCUCUCCGGGAGCCGCCUUUCCCGCCGAGGGUAGUGGUGCAGGGCGCCCGUGGUCGGGGACGCCGGGGCCCGCAGCUCGCCGGCCGUCCCCCGGCUGCGCUUCCGCUCCUCGCCCAUGGCUGAGGGCCGGCGGCGGGAGGACGAGGAGGAAGAGCUACGCGAGCGCCGUGAGCUGGGUGGCCCGCGCCGCGUCCGGGGCCGUGCGCUCUCGGGCCGCUCGGCCGCAGGAAGAGUAGUGGGGAUGCUUGCUAUUACAUGCCUAAAUAAACUGAACAAAGCUAAGAUUCCGGCCACAGUGAAUGACAUUCUGGACAGAGUUUUAGCUCACCUUUAGCCACAGAUCGCAACGAACGAAAUAAACCAGAACAUCGCUCUUCAAGCCAAGGACCAUUGUCGUCCAUUAGAGCAGUAAUCAAGAGAUCACUCAUGAAUAGUGCACAGCAAAAAUGCCCCGUGGAAGAGCUUCUCGGACUUCUAUUCAGAGCGAGAUUCAUCGAGAUAGGAGGCGCCCAGAGAUCACCAUUGUGGCAGCUGAGCCAUUGAGGCCAGCCUCGUGGUUUCCAGGAGCCCCACCCCCAGGAUUAGGGUUUUCCCCAACUUCUGCCAGAGGCCCUUGGAGACCAAAUGAGUUGGUUCCUGCUGAGCUACCACCAUCUUAUGAACAAGUCAUAAAAGAAAUUAACCAAGUUCAAGUUAAUACUACAAAUAAUAAUAAUGCUGCUGCCACUCCAAGGCACACUAUUACUUCUGCAACUCAGACUGACUUUUCAGAAGGAAUAGACAACAAUCUGCCUCAAAGUAAUGCAACACUACCGGCACCUCUCAAGCCUCUCCAGCCUUCCCCAACAGUCUCAUCUGUCAAUCUUACAACUAAUGUGGCGCCUUUAAUAGUUUUUGAUAUUUCAGAAGAACAGAAUUGUCCAGAAAACCCCCGUGCUACAAGAUGUCCAGUGCCAAAACCAAGAUCAAAAAGCAACCUCAGACCAAUAGCCAGAGAUACUCACAUUAAAGAGCAAAAUCACCAGAAAAUUGGCUCCAAAGCCCCAGAAGAGGAGUCGUCCCCAGGCCAGCCCCCGUCUCUGUUAGACAAUACCAUCUACUUGCACAGUCAGGCAGUGAUGAACAUUAUGAACACAGAGCAAAGCCAAAAUAGUAUUGUUUCAAAAAUCAAAGCAUUUGAGGGUCAGACAAAAAGAGAAAUCUCAGGACUGCCCAAGAAACCAGAAAUUACUCCACGUACACUACCCUCAAGGCCUACUGUUUCCUCAGGGAAACCCUCUGUGGCUCCCAAACCAACUGCUAACAGAGCUUCUGGAGAAUGGGACUCUUGCCCUGAAAGCAGACUCAAGGUGACCUCCAUGGAAGGAGGUCCAUACCCUCCACUGCAAGAAGUGGGGGACAUCCCAGUAACCAAACCUGAAUUGCCAAAGAAACCAAAUCCUGGCCUUCUACGAAGUGUUAAUCAUGAGAUAAGUAGAGGAGGUACCCUGGGAGACAGCCUUGAUGGUGGGAAGAAAGUCCCAACUCCUGCUCCACGGCCUUUGCUGCCCAAGAAAUCAAUUUCCUCAGAAAAUCCCACCUAUGUUCCACUGAAACCUGUCACUGUUCCUCCCCGACUUUCAGUGGCAUCACAAGCCAAAGCAUUCAGGUCACUGGGAGAAGGGCCCCCUGCCAGCCCCCCAGUUCCAGUUCUACAAAGCAAGCCCCCAGAUAUUGACCUCAUUAGCUUUGAUGAUGACGUUUUACCCACCCCACCCGGGAACCUGGCUGAAGAAUCUAUUGGUUCAGAGAUGGUACUAGAUCCCUUUCAGCUCCCCACAAAAACAGAACCAACAAAAGAAGGAGCAGUUCAACCAGCACCCACCAGGAAGCCUACUGUGAUUCGAAUUCCAGCCAAACCAGGAAAAUGUUUACAUGAGGAUCCACAAAGCCCACCUCCUCUCCCUGCUGAAAAACCCAUUGGAAACACUCACAGUAUGGUAUCUGGAAAACUCACUAAUGUUGACAGAGCUAGAAACUUGGAAUCCACCCACACUGGUCAUGUACAGAGUGUUAUGCGAGGACCCCCAAGGUUGCCACCAAGACCUGUAAAUGGAAAAACCAUUCCAGCUCAACAGCCUCCUCCCAAGGUGCCCCCUGGGAGACCACCUCCCCCCAGGAUUUCUGCGACCAGAAUAUCAAAUAAAAAACUGCCUUUUAAUCGGUCCUCUUCUGACAUGGAUCUUCAGAAAAAAAAAAGUCACUUAGCAUCUGGACUCUCAAAAACCAAGAGCCAAGUCUUUAAAAAUCAAGAUCCAGUGCUACCCCCUCGCCCCAAACCUGGACACCCUCUGUACAGUAAAUACAUGCUGUCUGUGCCUCAUGGAAUUGCCAAGGAAGACAUUGUCUCAAAAAACCCCGGGGAUCUCUCUUGUAAGCGUGGGGAUGUACUUGUGAUGCUAAAGCAGGCAGAAAAUAAUUACUUGGAAUGCCAAAAGGGAGAAGAUACUGGCAGAGUUCACCUGUCUCAGAUGAAGAUUAUUACUCCACUUGAUGAACAUCUUAGAAGCAGACCAAACAAGGAUCCAAGCUGCGCUCAGAAGGCUGUAGACAGCAGCACUCCUCAUGCCAUUGCUCUUCAUGAUUUUCCAGCAGAGCAAGUUGAUGAUUUGAACCUCAUUUCUGGAGAAAUUGUAUAUCUUUUGGAAAAGAUAGAUGCAGAUUGGUACAGAGGGAGCUGUAGAAACCAGAUUGGCAUAUUUCCUGCCAACUACAUCAAAGUAAUUGUUGAUAUUCCAGAAGGAGGAAAUGGGAAAAGAGAAACGGUUCCAUCUCAUUGUGUUAAAGGCCCAAGAUGUGUUGCUCGGUUUGAAUAUGUUGGCAACCAAAAGGAUGAGUUAAGUUUCUCAGAGGGAGAAAUUAUUAUUCUCAAAGAGUAUGUGAAUGAGGAAUGGGCCAGAGGAGAACUUCGAGACAGAAGUGGGAUAUUUCCCCUUAACUUUGUGGAAAUUAUUGAUGAUUAUGCCAUGUCUGGUGCAAAUGUUUUAAGCACAAAGGUACCAGUGAAAACCAAAAAAGAAGAUUCUGGCUCAAAUUCUCAGAGCUUAUGUAAAGACAUGUGGACCCUGAUAGAAAAUGAGGAAAGAGACGUAACUGGAGAAUUCAUAAAAGAGGUUAACAGUCUUUCUGGAGAAUGGUGUGAAGCUCUUCACAGUUUUACCGCAGAGACUAGUGAUGACUUAUCCUUCAGAAGGGGAGACCGUAUCCUGAUCCUUGAGCAUCUGGACUCUGACUGGUGCAGGGGCAGACUUCAGGACAGAGAAGGGAUCUUCCCAGCAGUGUUCGUGCGGCCCUGUCCAGCUGAGGCAAAAAGUACGUCUGGUGUAACACCGAAGGGGAGGAAGGCCAAAGCCUUAUAUGAUUUCCACGGGGAGAAUGAAGAUGAGCUUUCCUUCAAGGCUGGAGAUAUAAUAACAGAGCUGGUAUCUGUAGAUGAUGACUGGAUGAGUGGAGAACUAAUGGGAAAAUCUGGAAUAUUUCCCAAAAACUAUGUUCAGUUUCUACAAGUCAGCUAAAAGUGAAGCUUGACCGCAUUCCAUGACACAUGAACUCACUUGAACUAUCACUUUGACUAUCAGAUAUGUUUUUGCACUAUUUUUUUAACUGAAAAAGAAAUAUCUAGGUUGUACAUGGUACACUAAAAGUUUCUGAAAGCAGAAA